AUGCACCACAUGGUGCAGCCACCACCAAAUUUCGACCCUCUUCCGACGUUCCAGCAGCAACAGGAUCACCUGCACGUACAACAGAAUCAACUACCUUUUCCUCAUCAGCAAGCGUAUACCUUUGAUAACCCUCUGAGUGGCCCGCCUGCCCAAUCUCCAAACGUCCCGUUUCCCGAUGGCAAGAUCCCGAGAUCUUUCCCCAUUCGCACCUCACAUCAACAGCAGCUUCAUCGGCAACGUGGGGUUGCAAAUGUGGCCGAAGUGUCACAUUUCCCCGAUCGAUCAGAACAUCAUCUGCGACGCAAGACACCGAACGGCACAAUCGAUGCAGGUUACGAUGGCUCUGCUGUACAUCUAGCCUCGGGGCCUCCGCCCCUGAAGCAGAUGAUACUCCCAGCCGCGCCUACUGCCUACGCCGCAAAUCACCUUCGCCCAGUCACCGUUACGGAUCCAAACCUCCGCUCCAGACUGAUUCCGGGCACACAACCUCGCGUUUCCGUGCCCGUGAUCCAUGACGCAGCUGCCGAGAGCGUGAACGCAUACCAAUCAUGGGCCCUCGGGUUGGACAUGUCGGCUCAGCCUUUGCCAGGCGUCUGUUCUGCGAGUUCUCAUACCCCAGGCACGUUGCAGUAUAGGUUUAAUUCCCCCGACACGUCCCAAAUUCUUGGGUCUGCUGCGCUAUCGCGUCCUCGGUCGACCGCGUACAAUGCCAACCCUUUCUUUCCUGCAGCCCUCCCUACGGACCAUGCCACUCCAAGUUUUGUCCCGGGGCUUCUCCAGUCGGCGAACCCUUGGUUUCCUCCGCCUCAGCAACCCAGCUACGUUGGCCCGCCUUCCUUCCACACGCCAUCUCCAUCCACGUAUGACUACCGGUUAUGUCAGCUCUCGAACCCAUUUCUGCGUCCGUCCGCCCACUUCACCUCGCCGCAUGCUUAUGUGCGCAACGCGUACGGCCAAGGCUUUCUUCAGCCCGCACAGUUCAACCUGGAAGCUUUGGCAUUAGAAUCCAACGUUGGCGACGGCAUUGGUCUGGCAAGUGAGGCCGAAGCAUCCCCCUGUGGCUUCAGGGAAAAGGCGCUCGCUCAAGCUCAUCGGAGCUAUGUCGAUUUGCUCACAUAUCUUCACCAUGGUCGCAAGACGCAGCAACUGCGUCCCGGAUCAGCACUGAGCACAAUGUCGAGGAUGGUUGUGUACCCCAAACCCCCGAAGCAACCAGCAGCUACAUCAGCCCCGAUCUCUUUUUACCAGAGAGACAUGCUCGCAUCGCACAAACCACAAAUAAAAGCGAACUCGAGUGGUUUGUUCUUCGGGCCAUCUGGGAGCGAGACACAACUCGCUUCACGUCCUAAUAUUUGGGAUGGCAACCAGCCGGAUUUGAGAGAGAACAUCUUUCCCGUCACAAAUCCAUCUGGUCAGCUUUUCCCCGGCCAAUUCGGGCGAAACUCGCCACUUGCGAACGCGAAAAGUUCGUUAGAAAUACUCACUCACUUGUGCGAGCAAAGCGGAUGGAAAUGGAUUGACGGCGUCUUGCUCGGAGGAUGUCUUCACUAUGGCCUGGAACACUUUGAAGAGGCCAUGGAAUGGUUUAAUCGGAUCAUUUCCCUGGACGCCGACCACGUGGAAGCGAUCUCAAACUUGGCGGCCACACUCUAUUGUCUGAAUCGACAGGAGGAGGCUGAGGAAUACUGGCUGAAAGCUAUCAAAGCCAGACCGGAGUAUUUGGAGGCAGUUGAACAUUUGGUCGGCCUUCUCUACAAGAAGAAGAGCCUUGACGCCGUCGAAGUCAUCAAUUUCGUUCAGAAGGCUCUGCAGCUUCCAACAAGCCAGUCCGAGUCUGUCGGGUCCGCUGGCGCUAAGUCACUUGCAGCUGUCUUAGAUGAGAAUCUCCCGCAGCCCGGCUUUGGCUCAAGCGGAUACGCGAUUCCAGGGAGUGAGAACGGUCGUAUUCUCGCCCUUGUCCACGCCAAGGGGACAAUGUUGUACAGCAUGAAGGACAUUCCGGGGGCAUCCAAAGCCUUCGAAGAAGCAGUCCUUAUCGGCACGGGAAGGCGCACAUGCUCAAUUCAGACACUUGUGCGAAAAAUCCAGCAGGCGAGAUGUACUGCAAAAUUGGUAUUCUCUGGAAACGGCGAACUUCCCGGGCUUCGAUUUGUGCCAGAAGGUGGUCCAAAAAGGGCAGCCAUCCAAACCACAAGCAACUCGCUCCUCUCCCUCGCCAAGAUCUUUCAGGAUGCCAUGUCAUCCGGCACUUCGUCUAAUGGACUAAUGCGGAAACCUACUGGUGUCGGUGACAUUCUAGCGCUCUACUAUCUAUCCUUGUCUCUCCAAGAGAGCCCCUCGACGGCCAACAACGUCGGAAUCCUUCUUGCGAGCGUUCAGCAGCCUGCCGCAGCCAUGUCACCUGGAACUCUAUCGACGCAACCCAACAUUCCCGGCAUCCCCCCUGGCAGUGGACUAGCCCUCGCUCUCGCUUACUACAACUACGGCCUGCUACUGGAUCCGAAGCAUGUCCAUCUGCAUACGAAUCUCGGAAGCCUUCUGAAGGACAUUGGCCAGCUUGAUCUGGCUAUUCAGAUGUACGAGCAAGCUGUUCAGUGUGAUGGCAACUUCGAUAUCGCCUUGACGAACCUCGCGAACGCCGUGAAGGACCGCGGACGCGUCAACGACGCUAUUACAUACUACAAACGAGCUGUUAAUUCCAAUCCCGAGUUUGCUGAAGCUGUGUGCGGGCUCUCCACCGCCCUCAAUUCAGUUUGUGACUGGAGAGGUCGAGGGGGCGCGCUCGUACAAGGAGGCGAAUUCGACCGUUGGCACGUCGACGAUGACGGCAUGUUGGUAGACGCACGCCUACAAGGUCGAUUUACUGGUCUUACCAAGAAGGUUAUCGACAUUGUGGCCCGUCAACUCGAGGACGCAUCGACGUGGGGUUCAGGGGUGCUAUGCGAAAGCGAUAUACUUCCUCUCGCUGUACAGCUUCAAUCGAUCGACCCCGACUUGAAGGAUACCUCACCUGAUUUGGCGGGAAAACUUCGAACAUGGACAAAAAGCCCAUGGGAAGGAUCUCGGGUGUUGAGGCUAGUGGAGCGGGCCACGCGGGCUUCCAUGCGACAAUGGUACUGUGACAAAUACGUUCGAGGCGUAGUCAACGGUUCCAAGUAUGAGCGACCGCGCUUGCCAGCCAACUUGACCGUGCCCUCGGCUCCUACUGUCCUACCUUUCCAUACCUUCACGUGCCCCUUGACAGCGAAAGACAUUCGCAUGAUAUCCCAGCGCAAUGCCUUCAGGAUCUCAUGCUCAACACUACGAUCACCAUGGCUGCCAAACACCGUGUACCCGCCACCUCGACCUCCUUCGCCACAUCUUAAUGUUGGUUACGUGUCGUCGGACUUCAACAACCAUCCUCUGGCGCACUUGAUGCAGUCUGUCUUCGGCUUCCAUGACAGGAACCGGGUAAAGGCGUUUUGCUAUGCUACCACGGCAAGUGACAAAUCAGUGCAUCGUUCACAGAUCGAACGAGAAGCGCCAGUCUUCAGGGACGCCAGCAACUGGUCUUCAGACAGGCUCGUGGAGCAAAUAGUCCGAGAUGAGAUUCACAUCCUUGUGAAUCUCAAUGGAUACACGAGGGGCGCUCGGAAUGAGAUAUUUGCUGCAAGACCAGCCCCAAUUCAGAUGUCUUUCAUGGGCUUCGCUGGGACACUGGGCGCUGAGUGGUGCGAUUAUCUCCUCGCAGACACCACUGCAAUUCCCCCAGACACGUUACGCCCCUGGCGUGGAAACUUGACCAUCCACGACGUGUUCAGAGACAACACAGAAGAAGAAUCGAGUGAUCCAGACGAGCACAAGGUCUCAUGGGAGGAUGAACAACGUCGGAGAUGGAAGAUGCGCAAAGAGUUGUUCCCAAAUUUGCCCGACGAUGCAAUCAUUUUAGGGAAUUUCAACCAGCUGUACAAGAUUGAUCCUACUACCUUUCGGACGUGGCUGCGGAUCCUUUCCCAGGUGCCCAAAGCGAUUCUUUGGUUGCUUCGGUUUCCUGAACUAGGCGAAACCAACCUACGGAGAACAGCAAAAGCUUGGGCCGGCGAUGAGGUCGCCAGCCGCAUCAUCUUUACAGACGUGGCGCCCAAGAAUCAACAUAUUUCGCGGGCCCGUGUUUGUGAUUUGUUUCUCGACACGCCGGAAUGUAAUGCUCACACGACGGCAGCGGACGUUUUAUGGUCCAGCUCUCCACUCCUGACCCUCCCUCGGUAUCCCUAUAAGAUGUGUUCUCGGAUGGCUGCCUCUAUUCUGAAGGGUGCUUUGCCGAGAAGCCCUUCGGGACUGGAGGCAGCGAACGACCUCAUUGCCAGCAGUGAGGAAGAAUACGAGGCGUUCGCAAUCAAACUAGCCAACGGCCUCUCGUAUCAGGUUGUCCCUGGAGGUUAUGGCGAGGGAAGUGGUCGACUAGCAACAUUACGCAAGCUGCUGUGGGACAGCAAGUGGACUUGCGCCCUUUUCAACACCAGGCGAUGGGUAGCCGACCUGGAGCGCGCUUAUGAUGAAGCGUGGCGACGCUGGGUUGCUGGUGAAGCCGGUGAUAUUUACCUGUAG